CCCGUACCGCACAGGACGGAACUCGAACCGGAUCGGAGCAACCAUCAAGUGCAAGCAAAACAGAGAACGAUGAACGAUGGCACACAUAAUGGACACGACGCUGGCAACGAGUGGGCCAUGCUGGAUCGCAUUUAUCGGAUACUGACCGAGGAGGGAUAUCUCGGAGGAUCGACAUCGACCGAGCGGAGCCAUGUGCCGCCGGUGGUCAAGUUUGAGCAUCCGGCCGACUUAAAGCGGUUAAUACACUUCCCGAUGGACGAAAAGGAACCGAGCAGUGAGGCCACGAUCGAGCGGAUCAUCCGCCAGGUGCUGCACUACUCCGUAAGGACCGGCCAUCCACACUUCCACAAUCAACUGUUUGCCGGCGUCGAUCCGUACGGUCUCACCGGUAGCUGGAUCACGGAAGCCCUCAACACUAGUCAGUACACCUUCGAGGUGGGUCCCACGUGUACGUUGAUCGAGAAUGCGGUAAUCGAGAAGUGUCUGCAACUGUUCGGCUUCCCUGCUACUGGCGAUGGCAUCCUGUGCCCUGGUGGUUCUAUGUCCAAUAUGUACGCAAUCGUGGCCGCCAGGUUUCGAAGGGUACCGGAUGUAAAGCGGACGGGUGUUACCAACCUUCCGGAACCGCUCGUAGCCUUUACCUCCGAAGAUGCUCACUACAGUAUCACGAAAGCUGUUCACUGGCUAGGGAUUGGUUUGAACAAUCUGAUCAAAGUGAAAACCGAUCACACCGGACGGAUGAUACCGGAGGAGCUGGAACGUGCGAUCGAGAACGUGAUCACAUCGGGAAGGCGUCCUUUCUUCGUCAAUGCAACGGCCGGUACGACGGUGCUCGGUGCGUUCGAUGAUUUCAACGCGAUCGCCGACAUCUGCGCACGCUACACCCUCUGGUUGCACGUGGACGCAUGUCUCGGUGGGACCGCCAUUCUGUCGCGCUCCCAUCGCCAUCUACUGGCCGGUGUGCAACGGGCCCAUUCGUUGGCCUGGAAUCCCCACAAAACGCUUGGUGCACCAUUACAGUGCUCGGUGUUGGUGGUGCAGGAGCGUGGUUUACUGCACGAGUGCAACGCCGCCAACGCGGACUAUCUCUUCCAGCAGGACAAAUUCUACGACAUCUCGUACGAUACGGGCGACAAGAGUGUCCAGUGUGGCCGGAAGGUGGACGCCAUCAAGUUCUGGCUCAUGUACAAGGCCCGUGGUGAGACCGGACUCGAAUCUCUGGUCGAUAAUGCGUUCGAGUGCUCCCGAUAUCUGCACGAGCUGGUGAGCACCCGUGCCGGCUUCCGACCGGUGCUGACCCAGUUCCAAUACACGAACAUUAGCUUCUGGUACAUACCGAGUUGGAUGCGGUGGACACAAGAGGAGCCUCCCACUGAGCGAUGGUGGCAACGGUUGUACACCGUCACGGCCGACAUCAAGGAGCGCAUGGUCAUGCGUGGAACGGCCCUGGUCGGAUACGUGCCACUGUUGCACAAGGGUAUCGGGAACUUUUUCCGCAUGGUCGUAACCUGCCAUCCACGGCCGACCCGGGAGUCGAUGCUGUUCAUCGUAGACGAGAUCGAGCGCAUCGGGGAAUCGUUCGGAAUUCAGAACACGGACCCGGACCUGAACCGGAAUGAAAGCAACCCAGAGUGAAUGAUAGUAAAUUUGAAAAACCUUCUAUUUUAAUACAAUAAAAUGCAUUUAA